CACUUCUAACAUCAAAGUGCCCAAACCCGACGUUUAUAAUGGCGUAAGAAAUGCCACCGUCGUGGAUAACUUCUUAUUCGGUCUCGAAAGAUACUUCGUCGCGUUAGGGGUGCACGAUGACGAGACAAGGAUAAACCAUGCCCCAAUCUUCCUAAGAGAUGCUGCACAAUUGUGGUGGCGUCGUAAGUACGCCGAUCAAGGCGAGAAUGCCCUCCACUCAUGGGAGCAGUUCAAGACUGAAUUGCGAAAACGCUUUGUCCCUCAUAAUGCCGAGACAGAAUCUCGAUGUAAACUCCGUCGCCUCCGACACCGGUAGUAUUCUUGAUUAUGUAAAAGAAUUCACUACCUUAAUGCUCGAGAUAGGCUAUCUACCCGAAAAGGAAGCCUUAUUUCAGUUCAAAGAUGGCUUGAAAGAUUGGGCAAAGAUCGAGCUGGACCGUCGUAAUGUCCAGACCCUUGACGACGCUAUUGCUGCGGCAGAGACGCUUGUCGAUUAUUCUACCCAAUCAAAGGGGAAGAAGCCUGAUCCAGAGAAACAUGGAGGGAAACCGGAUAAGACCAAGAACUUUGGUCGUAAGGACGAGGGAAAGGUGAAGACUUUCCAGUGGAGGAAUGGCAAGAAUGAUGGUGCACAUCGAGGUGAGUCCUCUAACCCUUCUGAACCCUGCUUUAUCUGUAAAGGACCGCAUUGGACUACGGAUCGUCCAAAUCGGAAGGCAUUAAAUGCCCUCGUUGCAAAAUUCCAAGUGGGUAAAGCAACGUAUAAAGUGGAACUACCUCAAAAGUUGAAGAUCCAUAACAUCUUCCACGUAAGUAUGUUAAAACCCUUUCACGAAGACCAAGAGGAUCUGAACAGAAGCGAAACCUCUCGAGCGCCAACCGGAGUAGUAACAGAGUUUGACAGGAAGAUUAAGGAGAUCCUAGCUGAGAGGAAAAUCAGAAGAAGAGGAGUUCCAAGCUACUCAGAAUAUCUGAUUCUGUGGGAAGGAUUGCCAGAGUCCGAAGCCAGCUGGGAACGUGAAGAUUUACUUUGGCAAUUCCAACAAGAAAUAGAGAAGUUCAAAGAGAACGCAACGGGGACGUUGCGAAAUCAAGUGGGGGAGGGUGUCACGCCCCAAAAAUAGACCCACAAUUUUUUUUGAAAUUAAGGCUCCUUAGCAUUGCCCAUGGGGAGCCAACCAAGUCCCACAAAGUCCAAAGACCUUAGGAAAUUAAGCAAAGACACGCAAGGGUCAUGACACAGCCGUUGGAGCCUACGGACGCAUGAGCGGCAGCCAAGCGCGCGCGGCCCUGGCAUGGCAUGGGCGAGCGCGCGCGACACAGGCAGGUGCGCGCGGCACAGCGCGCGCACGCACGGGGGACGGACAGAUGCGCGCGGCAUCCGCGCGCGCGACGGACAGUGCGCGCGCCCGGCGGCGCGCGCCUGGAAGACCCGAGACGCCCCUGGAAGACUCUGGAACUUUCGAUGACGGACGUUCGACACCGUGACGAGCGAGACGCGCGCGCGCCUCACGGACGUGACGGAGACCCGCGCGCGCGCUCCAGCACCGCCUGGCCGCAUCCAGAACCUUCUAUGUCGGUCAUGAACAGUGUCAUGUCGGUGGUUGACUGUCAUGAAAAACCCAGAAUUCUCUAGAAUGAUUUUGCCGACCUUUUAAGUCGGUUUUAAGGGCCAAAGUCGGUCAUGUACUACUAUAAAUACCCCUAAGGGGUCCCAUUUGUAAAGCAUCCAAGAAAUCCUCAAGCAUCCUUAAGUAAUACUCUUGCAUUCUCAAUUUUCUCAAUCUUUC